AAAUAUAGGAUGGGAAGGGCCCCGUGCUGUGACGAAAAUGGCCUCAAGAAAGGGCCAUGGACACCUGAAGAAGACAAAAAGCUUUCUGAUUACAUUGAGAAACAUGGCCAUGGCAGUUGGAGAGCCCUUCCAAAACUUGCUGGUUUGAAUAGAUGUGGGAAGAGCUGUAGGUUAAGAUGGACUAAUUAUUUGAGGCCAGAUAUCAAGAGAGGCAAAAUUUCUCAAGAAGAAGAGCACACAAUUCUUCAUCUCCAUUCCAUCCUAGGGAACAAGUGGUCAACGAUCGCAACACACUUACCAGGAAGGACAGACAACGAAAUCAAGAAUUUCUGGAACACACACUUGAAGAAGAAGCUGAUCCAAAUGGGAUAUGAUCCAAUGACUCACAGGCCAAGAACUGAUGACCUAUUUUCAAACUUGCCAAAUCUCUUAGCCCUAGCCACUUUACUCCAACCCCACAAACUAGAAGAAGCCCAAGCUGCUGCACACAACAUUAUGGCCACCAAAAUUCAAUACUUACAAAUGCUCUUUCAAUCAUCACCACCACUACCAAUGACCACAACCACCUCGUCAUCAUCGUACGACAACAAUGGAGAUUUCUGGGAUUUUAAUCUACCAAACCUUUCCAAUAAAGAAACAGAUAAUAACCAAACCCUUUUCUCCAUUGAAAACUCAGGCACCUCUCAACUGCUCCACAACCAAUUAGUCCCUUUCAACUUCCAAACACAUUUGAAUAAUGAUAACAAUAAUAAAUCACUUAAUUCUGAUUCCAUAUUGCCCCCAUUAACGGAUUGUUUUUUGAAUAAUAAUAAUAAUAAAGGGGAUUCUACCAGCACUUCCAGCAAUGGUGAUUAUCAAGGCACUUCUUCGUCUUCUUCAUACGACUGGCCUGAAUUGCUUCUUGAAGAAGCUUUCAUGCAUGACAUUUCUUGACUGUAAUUAAUUACUACUUCGACUCAAUACUUUGACAAAUGAUUUAUACUGCAUGCAUGUAUACUUCAAGUAUAGAAGAUUUUUCAAGGUUUUUCUUU